CGGCGGCCACAGCGCGCUUGGCGGCCGGAGCGGAGGGAGCCGGCGCGGACGGCGGCGACUGGGCUGAGAGAACGCACGGGCGUCGGCGUCGCCAUGUCGCACGGCCACAGUCACGGCGGGGGCGGCUGCCGGUGCGCGGCGGAGCGCGAGGAGCCACCGGAGCAGCGCGGCCUGGCCUACGGCCUGUACCUGCGCAUCGACCUGGAGCGGCUGCAGUGCCUCAACGAGAGCCGGGAGGGCAGCGGCCGCGGCGUCUUCAAGCCGUGGGAGGAGCGGACCGACCGCUCCAAGUUUGUUGAAAGUGAUGCAGAUGAAGAGCUUCUGUUUAAUAUUCCAUUUACAGGCAAUGUCAAGCUCAAAGGCAUCAUUAUCAUGGGAGAGGAUGAUGACUCACACCCCUCUGAGAUGAGACUGUACAAAAACAUUCCACAGAUGUCCUUUGAUGAUACAGACAGAGAACCAGAUCAGACCUUUAGUCUGAACCGGGAUCUUACAGGAGAAUUAGAAUAUGCUACAAAAAUAUCUCGUUUUACAAAUGUCUAUCAUCUCUCAAUUCAUAUUUCAAAAAACUUUGGAGCAGAUACCACAAAGGUCUUUUAUAUUGGCCUGAGAGGAGAAUGGACUGAGUUUCGCCGACAUGAGGUGACCAUCUGCAAUUAUGAAGCAUCGGCCAACCCAGCAGACCACAGGGUCCAUCAGGUUACCCCACAGACACACUUCAUUUCCUAAGGGCUGGCCAAGGCUCCCACAGAGGCCCUGCGCCAGUGAAGAUGUAUGACCACCUGUUGGGAAAGACGAAGUGAUGGAGCUCCAGGGAGAGUUGGCUGUCACAGCCUCUGCCAAGUUUUGUCUUUGAGGCUUGCUGUAGAAACGUGGCCUAUGGAAGACAACACACCACCAGGAAGGUUGUAUGGGUGCCAGGGGACAGUCAUGGUUCUCUAGGGCCCUGUAGAAAUUGGGUCUUGGUCUGGUCGGCAUCUGGCAGUCAUAGAUAAUGCCUGCCUUUCCAGUCAGUGUGGCCAUGGAUUCCAAGUGUCUCGUUUUGUGGCAGGAUUUUUGUGUGACUUUUUUUUUUUUUUUAAUGGAAACUAUUCCUGGGCUGCAAUAAACUUUGUGAAGCCUCAAAAUUGUAUUCAUGUUAGUCGUUGGGAGGGUCUUCAACUAGAAACACUUGUCCCUGCUUGUUGCUUCUCCCUGUCAUCAUUCAGCAUUCUUGUCAAGGUGCCCAGCUUGGAGUUGUCUGUCAUGCACAGUAGUGUCCCAUGGUUAUAGCUGGAAGAGCAGGACUCUCAUGAUGCUUAAUUAAUAGCUUGAGGAGAAGGUCUUUUUUCCUGCUUCCUAGGUAGGCAGUCCAGGGAGAACAUGGGCAUCUCAUUUCUGUGUUUGUGGGUAUCUGGUCAAGGUAAGAUCCUUAAUGUUUAUUAGCUUCUAACUAGUUUUGUAAGCCCAGUGCCAGAAUUUGGAGAUCUCAGUUCUUCUGUCCAUGGCUUUUUAUUCACUGUGACUAAUAUGCUUCCUAAUAAAUCUUUGCCAGACUUAACAUUUGUGUAUUCUUUUGCAUUCCUGAUAAUACUGAUGAAACUUUUCCUUUACUGGGAACUGUAUGUAACUUUGAA